AACUCCCAUUGCCUAGCCCUUACUGCUCUUCUCCCUUGGACUCAAUACACCCCGUCGAUUCUAAGACAGAAGGGAAGGAUUUGAAACAAAACUCUGUGCAUUGUAUUUCCGUAUUCUGGGUUAUGCAUUCAGAAAUCUGAUUCGGAGCAGGUUCAUCCAGGGCUUUCUUAACCCCCAAACCUCGGGGAUCCCUGGCCCUAGUACACUCGGUUUGUUGGGGCGGGACGGAGUGGCUCCUCGAGUGGCCCAGGGCGAUCACUCCCCCUCUCUGGAGCUCAGUUUCCCACUCAGGAAAAGAGACCCCGCGCUGUUUCGGAGUCUGUUCAAGUCGGACAGCCGCGGAGAGGAAGGCCGAGCCCUGGCGCUGACCGCCUCCUCCACCAGGGUUCGUAAAGCCACCAUGAAAAUCUGGUUAAUGCACCGUGCAAAGUGGGAUCGGGUCAGCUGGGCCGCUGCCGCCGCCUCCUGGAAGCCGGCCAGGGAAAGCUUAUUCACUCCUCGGAAGCGGGAGAGCCAGCCCUACCUACAGCCCGUGGGGGGUGGGAGGAGAGGGAGGGGGAGCCUUUCAAGUUCUGGCUCUCCAAAUCCUCGUUUUUCUGGCCUGGGAAUCCGAGGCCCAGAGGGCUUAGCCGAGACCUCAGCUAACCAAUGGGGGAGCGGGAUUCCAAUAGCGCCACCGCCGCUGCCGCCUGUAGACUCCCUAAGUGACGGGAGGCGGCUACUUCGCUUCUUAAACUAGGAGUUCACGUUUUCAAACACUGACCUGGUCGGAGGGUUUUAUCCCUCCUUUCCACAGGACUUUCUUGUCUCGCUGGAGACUCGGAGCCCCCGAGAGAGAGUUCAAGCACUAACAUACCCAUUUAACAGAGGAGGAAAACCAAGACCGUGCGGUUGUACGUUCACUCGCACAGAGUAAGUUCAUUAAAAAGAGAGAGCGAGAGGGUUAGCCUGGGAGGUUUCCGGAGGCCCCUCCGGGUAGCGGUCCGGGAGCUCCAGGGGCUGCAGACGGCAAUUCUGCGCCUCUCCUGCCACCCACACUUGAAAGGAGGCAAGCAGGCUCGGUGGGGGCAAAGGAAGGAGUAGCGGCGGUCCGAGCUCCGGCCUAGCCCACGGUGGGGCCACUUAAAGGCCGCACACUCUCUGGCCUCCCUGGGCCGCGGUUUGCCCCCAGGGUACGAAGCCCCGGCUGGUGUCCAAGGUGCUGGCCACUCUCCAGCCAGGCAGGUAGGUAGGACGGAGGGCAAAGACCGCCGCCCUGCCUGUGGGCAGGCCCAAAGUCCCGCGCUGUCCCGUCCCCGCCCCCUCCGCUCCUUUGGCUCCUCCUCUCCCUCCUCCCUGGCCCCUCCCGCAGGUAGGUCAGUCAUAAGAGGGCGCCCGGGGCUGGCACUCGUCCUCUUCCUCCUUCUGCUGCCUUGGAGCCCCUUCUCCUGUCGCCCCGCUGUUGCUGCUGCCGCCCCCGGCCCCGAAGUCGAGCCCUACCUUAGCCAUGGAGGAUUACCACAAGCCCGACCAGCAGAAGCUGCAGGCACUCAAAGACACAGCCAACCGGCUGCGCAUCCUCUCCAUCCAGGCCACCACGGCCGCCGGCUCGGGCCAUCCCACAUCAUGCUGCAGCGCGGCCGAGAUCAUGGCAGUCCUCUUCUUCCACACCAUGAAGUACAAACCACAGGACCCCCGGGACUCCAGCAAUGAUCGCUUUGUGCUCUCCAAGGGUCAUGCGGCUCCCAUCCUCUAUGCUGUCUGGGCUGAGGCUGGCUUCGUGCCAGAGGCUGAGCUGGUGAACUUGAGGAAGAUCAGCUCCAUGCUAGAUGGCCACCCAGUGCCGAAACAAGCCUUUACAGAUGUGGCUACGGGCUCCCUGGGCCAAGGGCUUGGAGCAGCUUGUGGAAUGGCCUACACAGGCAAAUACUUCGACAAAGCCAGCUACCGGGUCUAUUGCCUGCUGGGCGACGGAGAGGUGUCUGAAGGCUCCGUGUGGGAAGCCAUGGCCUUCGCAAGUUUCUACAAGUUGAACAACUUGGUGGCCAUCUUGGACGUUAACCGGCUGGGCCAGAGUGACCCUGCCCCACUGCAGCACCAAAUGGACGUGUACCAGAAGCGAUGCGAAUCCUUUGGAUGGAAUUCCAUCGUGGUGGAUGGACACAGUGUGGAGGAGCUCUGCAAAGCCUUCGAGCAAGGCUUCGACCAGAGCAAGCAGAAGCCACUGGCUGUCAUCGCAAAGACGUACAAGGGCCGAGGGAUCUCAGGAGUGGAAGACAAGGAGUCUUGGCAUGGGAAGCCCCUUCCCAAAAACAUGGCGGAACAGGCCAUUGAGGAAAUCCAAAGCCUAAUCCAAAGCCAGAAGAAGAUUCCACCAACACUCCCCAAAGAAGAUGCUCCCAAAGUUAACAUCACCAACAUCCGGAUGCCAUCUCCUCCAAAUUACAAAAUUGGAGACAAGAUGGCCACCCGUAAAGCCUAUGGUUUGGCCCUCGUCAAACUGGGCCAUGCCAAUGACCGAGUGAUUGCCCUGGAUGGGGACACCAAGAACUCCACCUUUUCAGACUUCUUCAGGAAGGAACAUCCCAACCGCUUCAUUGAAUGUUUCAUUGCAGAGCAGAACUUGGUGAGCGUCGCUGUGGGCUGUGCCACCCGGGACAGGACCGUGCCAUUCUGCAGCACCUUUUCCGCCUUCUUCUCCAGAGCCUUUGACCAGAUCCGGAUGGCAGCCAUUUCAGAAAGCAAUAUCAACCUGUGUGGUUCCCAUUGUGGUGUUUCCAUUGGUGAAGACGGUCCUUCUCAGAUGGCCCUCGAAGACCUCGCCAUGUUCCGGGCCGUUCCCAAUGGAACAGUCUUUUACCCAAGUGAUGCUGUGUCUACCGAGAAAGCAGUAGAGUUAGCUGCUAACACCAAGGGCAUCUGUUUCAUAAGGACCAGCCGCCCAGAGAAUGAAGUCAUUUACGACAACAAUGAAGACUUCAAGAUUGGCCAGGCUAAGGUGGUCCUGAAGAGCAAAGAUGACCAGAUAACUGUCAUUGGAGCUGGAGUGACCCUCCACGAAGCUUUGGCAGCUGCAGAACUGCUGAAGAAAGAGAAGGUGUUUAUCCGUGUGAUUGACCCCUUUACCAUCAAGCCCCUGGAUGCGAAACUCAUCCUUGAAAACGCUCGUGCAACCAAUGGCCGAAUUCUGACCGUGGAAGACCAUUACUACGAGGGUGGCAUCGGAGAAGCCGUGGCCGGCGUCGUCGUGGGUGAGCCUGGCAUCACCCUCACUCGCAUGGCGGUCAGCCGCGUCCCAAGAAGUGGGAAGCCAACAGAGCUGCUGAGUAUGUUUGAAAUCGACCGGGAGGCCAUCGCGAAGACCAUCAAGGGGAUCCUGUCUAAAAAGGCCUGAGCCACGACGGCCACGUUCCUGUAACUUUCGAUUUUUCACUUGUUUCUACUGAGGAUCAAUAAAAUAAAAAACAUUUUGGAA